AUGGAGAUGCUUGCCGAGGAGGACCCCACGAAGUACGAGGCCCACUUCGCCAAGUACAUCGCGGCGGACAUCGAUGCUGACAAGAUGGAGGACAUGUACUCGGAGGCCCACGACAAGAUCAAGGAGGAUCCUGACCGCGAGGAGAAGGAGAAGAAGUCAAUCACCCAUGAGCACAAGGGCAACGCCGUCAAGUCUUCUGACGGCACCGACCACACGCGCAGCGUGAAGUUGUCCCUGAAGCAGCGGCGCCAGAAGGUCGCGGCCAAGAUCCAGGCGGCGCAGGCGAAGAUGCUGGCGAUGGAGGACUGA